AUGGAACUGGAAGAGGAAGAAGAAAUGAGCAUUGAUGGCAAAGAACAACCUGAUACUAGCAGUAAAAAACAUUCCAAUAAAGAUACAGAUGUCAACUCAUCUACGCCCAAGAAGAAGGCAAAGAAAGCAGUUAGAAGAGAAGAUUCGCCCAUUUUGAAAAAGCUUAUCAAGGAAUUGUCUGCUUCAAUUUCACAGCAAAGCUCUUCUG